ACACAAAGGACAACUGGAAAUGCCUAAAGGAGAUGAUAAAAGUGAGCUCGCAAAGAGACGCUGUCUUCUGCUGCUUCGGGAUCCCAGCAAGAAAUGGGAAUCUGACGGAUUGCAAAUGCACCUGCUUUGGUUAAAGCCCAGCAAACAGAUAAGUGCCCUUUUAACUCUCGUGCAAGAGCAUUUUAGACAUAGCUGUGCACGCCAUCUCUCAUCAGUUCGGUUUCGAUUUGGUGAGCCCUCUGUGCUCUGCGGUUCUCCUUUCGGCUGAGAAAUACCAGACGGUAUCGGUAUUUCGUGUGAGCUAAUUAAUGAGCGUCUGAGGGAACGGCAGGCGCCGGCUCCAGCAGCCCUGUGUGGUUUUGGGACUCUGAGGACCAGCUCCGCGGGACCAGAUGAGGCUGAUGUGACCCAUCUGAGCUGUAAGGAGUCCUCCGGGACUCAUUAGAGGUCUAAUAACUAAACUUGGCUGGUCUGAUGGAGAAGAUGCUUGUGCAGGCUUGGCGUAAUCUCAGGGAAACCAGCUAAUGCUGCUGGCAGGAGAGAGGGCUUUCUGCAUGUGCUGUUCAGAUGUGUGCGGAGAAAGUGAUAACCCCUGCUUCUUCCUGUUGGUUUCCAGCUGGAAAAAAUAGCCGGGGAUGGGGGAAAGAAGCCCUUAGUUAUACUGAGUUUAUACAGGGCAUAAGAAGAGGUAUCAUGGGCAUAAGAAGAGGUAUUGUGGCUAAGUGCUAGCAAGAAUUGUCCCCUCAAAGUUAUGGGGACGUUUAUGUCUAUGGAUGGAAAAUACAGACUAUCAAGAAAAUAAUUUCUGGCUGCUUGGGUCUGCUUCUAUAGGUGACUGCUGCCUGCUCUUGGACACACCACUGCAAUUACUAAAUAAUUGAAGAAAUCCUUAAAAUCUGGUCUUAUGUACCGUGUGACUUUGCAAUAGUAUACAGCCAUGGGGCUGGGACAAAAUAUUCACUAAACCUGCAAUUUACUGCUUUAGAAUAAUGAAAAAACCCACUAAAGCCGAGCGCGUGAGCACUGGAGGGGUUGUGUGGCAGGAGAAGGGACAAGACCCAAAUUAUCUGCUCCAAAUCUGUCUUGUCUGCUCUACCAGGGUUAAUUAGCAGUGUAAAAUGUUUACCGUGCUGUUAGGAGAACUACAAGCAGGUUUUCUACAGCAACUUAGACCGUAGUAACUGAUGUGAAUCCAGCUUACCUGCUGCAGCAGCAGGUGAGUUUCUUGGUGAAGGCGCCAACCUGGGACUGAGAGAGGGACGGGGGAGAGGAGAUGGGAGAGCAGGAGGUGACUGCGGCACGAGAGAGCUGGCUCUAGAGCAACUCGUGUGAUCCCUGGAGUGCCUGAAGUUCCCUCUUUUCUAGGAAAAACUUCUACUCCUGCUGUUAUUUCCAAGAAAGUUUUUAUAUUAAUAGAAGAAACGACACGUCUGAUAUUAAGGACUGUGCUCUGUCUUACAAUUGUAAAUGGUGCUUAUUCCUGACUCUUCGAUACUCUGAUAGCAAAAAGGCUUGACAGUAUAUUAAGAAACACUGACAAAAUCAAGUUCUAGCAAGAAAAUCAGGGUUUGUUCAUUCAGCAAGGAUGGAUAGGAAGUUAAAAAACUUAAAUCAUCUCUGUACCCCAACUAACAGAGCUCGUUGCUCCUUAAAAAAAAAAAAAAAAAAAAAAAAAUUUAGCUUCAGAGUUCCUCAAGGCCUUGAUUAUUAGGUUUGCAGCUUGAAACCUGCUUUCUGCCAGCGUUCUGGUAUCAGUGUUCCCCCAAAUUAGGUCCCAUUAAAUUAACCCCAACCUAGCCAGUUCCAGUCUGGGCAUCAAAGCUGAAUUUGGAAAUCAUAUCCUGAAGUGCAGCAUGCAACUUGUAAUGCUCUGUGCUCCUUGGCAGAAGAGGCAGAGAACGCUUGCAGUCCCUCUCAGGAGCUGUACUGAUGUGAGAGAUGCUCCUGAGUAUGUUAGAUCCACCUGUGGUUCGGUUGGUGCAUCCAGCAGCUGAGGAGAACAGAUUCAAUGGAUCUGGACAGGGUUCCACAAAAAAUCUCAUAUGGAAAAGACAACCCCCGAAUCCCUAACUCUUUCCUCGUCUUACAGGUGAGCCGUGAGGGCACUUGUCAGACCGUAGCUCCUGAAUGCAUGACCUUCCCCUGGGAUUAGAAGGAAGCCAUGGGGAAAGACAAGAAAGGAGAGGAGGCCGUCUUUCUGAGGAAAAAGAUAACUUUGCUGCGGGCUUUCUCGCUCCUCAUCGGCAGCAUGGUUGGCAGUGGCAUCUUUAUCUCCCCAAAAGGAGUACUGAAAAACUCCGGCACCGUGGGUUUCUCCCUGGUUGUCUGGUUUGCCUGUGGGCUCCUCUCGAUGUUUGGUGCCUUGUGUUAUGCAGAGCUUGGAACAAGAAUCACCAAGUCUGGAGGACAUUAUAUCUACAUUUUGGAGACAUUAGGUCCUCUGCCAAGUUUCUUAUUCCUGUGGGCAGAGUUUUUUGCUAUCAGGCCUGCCAACAGUGCUGUGGUGUCUUUGGCGUUUGGACGCUACAUGCUGGAGCCAUUUUUCUCCCCCUGUGCAGCCCCUGUCCCUGCUGUGAAGCUCGUGUCUCUCCUGGGGUACUACAUGGUCCUCACCCUCAACUCCUGGAGCGUCACCUGGAGCGCCCGGCUGCAGACGGCUCUCUCCAUCGUCAAACUCCUGGCUCUCGCACUCAUCAUUGUGCCAGGGAUGAUGCUGCUGGCACAGGGCCAUACCGAAAACUUCCAGGAUGCUUUUGACAGGCAGUCGCUGGCUUUGGAUAAGCUGCCCCUGGCUUUUUACGCAGGCAUGUUCGCAUAUUCAGGCUGGUUUCAGACUGGCUUUGUGCGUGAAGAGUUGGUCAGACCUGAACGAAAUAUCCCCCUGGCUGUCAUCGUGUCUGUGAUCACGGUAAUUGUGGGGUACAUGCUCACCAACGUCUCCUAUUACACGGUCCUGGGAACGCAAGACGUUCUGGCUUCCCCUGCUGUGGCUGGGGGGGGCUUUGUGCAGCGAGCCUUCAAAAGCCUGAUCUCCGUGGUCCCUGUCCUUGUUGCACUGUCCUGCUUUGGAACUAUGAAUGGAGGAAUCUUCACGUUUUCAAGGACUCUGUUUGUGGCUUCCAGGGAAGGGCAGUGGCCUCCUCUUUUCUCCAUGAUCCACAUUCGAAGGCAUACGCCCCUUCCCGCUGUCAUGUUAAUGUUCCCUUUGGUUACUACCAUGGUGUGUAUCGGAGAUAUCUACCAUCUAAUGAACUUCUUCAGCUUUUCCCGAUGGCUCUUCAUAGGAUUAGCCACCCUCGGGCUCAUUGUCCAUCGCCGCCGUCACCCGGAGCUGCAGAGCCCCUUCAAGGUUCCCCUGUUUGUUCCUGUCUCUUUUACCGUCAUCUGCCUCUUCACUGUAGCCAUGUCUUUCUACUCAGACCCUGUGAACAUUAGCAUUGGAUGCACCAUGGUUUUGAGUGGUUUUCCAGUUUACUACCUCAUAAUCCAUAGGCAAAUGUCAAGUCGUUGCCGUAGCCCAUUUUAUUAUCUUACACACAAACUACAGUUACUGCUGGAAGUAGUCCAACAAGAAAUCAAGACUUACUGAGAAAACCAUCAGAACUUAUACGGGAAGAUAAAAUCUACUCACACUGUUUCUGAUACCUUUGAUCUUACCAAAAGCAGGCCAUGCUUUUAAUCACUGCAAAUGAGGAUGAGCCUGAGCCAAAACCCUGCUGCAAGUGUUCCUGCUUGCCGAUCGGGAUCGGGAUGAGCGUGUCACAUCUGUUUCUGCCCUUUUCUUCUUUAGCAGAACAGUCUAGUUUUCUGAAAUGAGCUUGCUUUGCCUGCACAGUGUCUUCGAAACCAAGAUCCUAAUUUUGCAGCCUAGCCCAGUCCUCGGUAAAAUUUUGUGUGAGUGUGUGUGUGUGUAUACACACUAUUUUUUUAAUUUCCUGUCUUGGCAAAUAGAGAACGAGAGCACAUUGCAGAACUUAGUCCAAUACAUGGAAGCCAAACGCAGGUUUCAAACUGAAGCCUUGCAGUAGCCCUGCUGUGGGACAAGCAUUAUGAGGGGAAAUGGGUGGGGAGAGCAAAUUAGAAAUAAGGUAGAUGAAUUGGACAGGAGGAGGUGGGGGAUAAAACUUCAUUCACCAGAAAGUGCAGUUUCAGGUUAAUGAGAAGAUAUUUGAAAACCUGACAUAAGGUCAGAAUGUUUUGCUGUGAUUGUUGUAUAAGCACAGUAAGUUUAUUUUGCUUUGACAUACUGUUUCAAUUUUUAAUUUUAUUUUUCUACAAUGACAUUUCAAAAUGUACAAACAAAAAAUCAGCUAAGUAUCCACAAGAAUAUGACAAAAUAGAUCCUGAUUCCUCCCCCAACUCCCCAGCCCCCCUCUUCACCUGGUAGUGCUAGUGAAGCUGAAAAUUCAGAUUUUGGCCAAACUCCAGUGAAGUACAAUUUUUCCUUUAGUUAGACAAAAUGACUGAUGAGACUUGGGCAGAUUCUUUAAUAAGUGCAUCUUUUGGUGCUGUAAGAAGACAUGAAAGACUUCAUGUCAGAGCUUUAACUUUAAAUCUGCGGCCAAAUGACUUGCUGAAUCGAUACAUAAAUGCUCAUUUGAACUAUUGACAUAAGAAAGGUUUCCGUUAUUGGAUUACUUUGGUUUACAUUAUUAACGUGGCAAUGGUAUGUCCAGAUAAAACAGCAAUUAGCUAUUUCCAAUCACUUAACUGUUAAUCUUUUCCUAAAAGAUGGGGAGUAGGGUGCUGAGACUCCUCUAAUGACUGCUAGGAAAAGGAAGAGCAGAA